AGCACAAGGACUUGCUUCAGUGCUUAGGAAGUAUGGUUCAUCUACAGGAACAGUCUUUUGCUUUGACAUGAAGUACGGAACUUUGGUUCACAAAUGGUACUGGAUACAAAUCAAAAGAACUCGAAACUCUUUCUGAGGGCCAGACCUUAAUGAUUGGUGGAAAGGAGGUUGAGAUAACGGGACCAAUCUCUGCGGAGGACUUCAUGAGUGGCCGGUGUUUUCACUCCACUGUUACUGCUUUGUCACAUUUACCAGUGGCAACAUUUUCACAGCAUCCUUUACUAAAACCUUUUACAAACCCAUUGAAGAACAGUCCUGGGUUCAGUCAAACACAAAUUUUUCAAAAAACCAACAUUGAAUGUAAACCUAGGCAUGAUCCAAAUGCUCCAAAUGCUUUAGUAAUGCCACGACCAAAUCUUAGUCACCAGUGGCUGUUUAAUAAAGCUGGUCUCCCAUUAGUGGAUGUAGUGGUGGACCCUUACCUUGCCAUACACCUGCGACCUCACCAAUGCGAUGGUGUGAUCUUCUUAUAUGAGUGUAUAAUGGGAAUGAGAACAACUGGCAGGUUUGGUGCUAUCUUGGCUGAUGAAAUGGGUCUAGGGAAGACUCUGCAGUGCAUCACAUUAAUUUGGACUCUGAUGCGGCAAGGACCUUAUGGAAACAAACCUAUAAUCAAAAAGACUCUUGUCGUCACACCAGGGAGUCUUGUAAAAAACUGGGUCAGUGAAUUCCAGAAAUGGCUUGGAAUGGAAAGGCUGAAAGUUUUUGCAGUUGAUCAGGACCACAAAGUGGAAGACUUCAUCAAUUCUCCGCUGUACUCUGUCCUCAUAAUCAGCUAUGAGAUGUUACUGCGAUGCCUAGAACAAAUUCAAAACUUUGAAUUUAACCUGAUAAUUUGUGAUGAAGGUCACCGUUUAAAAAAUAGUUCAAUUAAGACAUCCACAGCAAUUCUUAGCCUCUCUUGUGACAGAAGAGUGAUUCUCAGCGGUACUCCAAUACAAAAUGAUCUUCAAGAGUUUUACUCUCUAAUAGAGUUUGUGAAUCCAGGAAUCAUUGGCUCCUCUUCCACCUACAGAACGAUUUAUGAAGAGCCUAUCAUCAGGUCUAAACAGCCCUCUGCAACAACAGAUGAAAAGCAGUUGGGUGAAGAGAGAGCAACUGAGCUCUGCCGAUUAACUGGAUUCUUUAUACUUCGACGGACACAGGACAUCAUUAACAAUUACCUCCCUCCGAAGACUGAAUGGAUUGUCUUCUGCCGCCCAGCUGUACUGCAGCUUGAACUUUAUCAGAAACUGCUGGCAUCCCAAGCAGUGAAAUCUUGCCUGCAGGGAAGUUUGGAGAACAGCUCCCACCUAAUAUGCAUAGGGUUACUGAAAAAACUCUGCAAUCACCCUACACUCUUCUUUAACUCAAUAAAGCAACCAACAGUUACACUGUCACCUACAAGCUAG